GCAUGGCCAGGCCCAGCUGAGCUUGGAGGCAAGCAGUGCCUGGUGCUGGGCAGGAGCUAGGGGGAUGGGAGUCAGUUCCUUGUGCGGGCAGCAGUGCCUGGGUGAAGCGUGGGAGUGCCUCCCCCAAACUCAGAGCCUUUAGCCCCUUUACAGAGUGAGCCUGGCGGUCUGCUCUGCUGGGGCUGCAGCGGCUGAGUCGCAGCUAAUUGCACCAUAUCACCAGAGCAUCCUCCUGGUUGCUGUGGGAACCACAGGUCAUACUUCCUGGCCCCUUGGGGCUACUUACUCCCAACGGGUGCCAGCAGGGAGGGCAUUGGGAAGGACUGGGUGAGGUGGGGAACUGCCUCAGCUCUGGCUUGGUUGGGUUGGACUGGAUGAGCUUAGAGGUUUUCUCCAACCGAAAUGAUUCUGUGAUUCCACAAUUCCUGCACAACCCCCAUCACAUCCACAUCCCAUGGAUUUGGCCCCUGGAAGCUCAGCACCUCACAGCACUUUCCCUGUGCCUUGGCCUGGUGCAGUGCCCUUUCAGGGACUCCCAGGAUGGGCCCAUGUGCCCAGGUGGGGCUCUGGACACAGCAGCUGGUGCCUUGCAUCCAGCUGGGAAAGGAGCCUGCUGUCCUGCUCCUGGCCCCAGAAGCUCAUUAGUGAUGCUCCCGCCCCCAGCACGGUCCCUGUGGGCAGAGUGAGUGCAGGAGGCUCUAAUGGCUCUGAGCGGCUCUUGGUGGAGGCUGUGAUGGAGGCGGGAGCAGGAGGGGCUGUGGUUUCUGCCUCCACUGGAGCCAGAACUGCCUCUGCCCAGGGCUGGCCGGGAAGAUGCUGGACGGGCACCUGCUCCAGCUGCUCCUUACCGCGGCUCUGUUCCCCAGCAUCCUUGGGACAGGUACAGCCCCAUUCCUGCCCCUCCUAUUCCCUGAACCCAUCCCUGAUGGGGCCUUGUCCCUUGAGGGUUGCUCCCCGACAGCCCAGAACAGAGGCUGGGGGUCUGUGCUGGGAGGCAGUGGUGUGCAGUGAGAGGUGGUGGGCCGUACUGGGGAUGGUGGCCCAGGUGUGGUGGUGCUGGGGUUACUCCUGCUGCAACACAUCUGUGGUGUCUUAAGUGCUGUUCCCACAGGGUCACAGGGAGGGGUUCAGCACGGGGGCUGGGGGCUGACCUGAUGUCCUGGGCGCUUUCCCCUCCUCUGCCACCAGCACCGCCCCUGCCCACGUUUGCCCUUGCCGAGGCCAAGGUGAGCACCGGAGGUCACAGCAUACACAGGGCCAUGGCACCAGAAGGCAGUGCCAGGGGAGCUCUGCUCUGCCACUGCUGCCUCGUGGGGUGUAGCCUGCUCUGAGGGCCGAGCGGGUAGCCCUGUGGCACAUUAGCCAGGCUCCCCGGGGCUGGGGAGCCCUCAGCCCAGCCCUGCCGGGACUGGGAGUCCCUGCUCUGCUGCAUCACGGCAAAGAGCAUGUCGCUGGAGCCUGUCCUACAGGCGCUGCACAGUUCCCGUGUUCUCCUUCCCUGCCCUCCUCAAUGCCUGCUCCCCGCUGCAGUCUCGGUGCAGAACCUGCACCUCUGCGAGGGCUACGUGGGCCCUGACGGCCGCUCCCACCCCGGCUUCUACUGCCCGCGGCUGACCGACCCCCCCGGCCACCGCUACUGCUGCCAGCCCAGCCUGGACGCUCUCAAGUCCUGCUGCUCUCAAGUGGCCCUGGAAGCCCUCACUGGAGUGAACCUCUCCAGCCUGGCUGGCCCUGGUCUACUCCGGAACCCGCUGGCCCUGCCUUUCGUGGGGCUCUAUGGGCUCCUUGUCCUGCUGCUUAUGGCCAUCGACCUCUGCCACUUCUACUGGAGCCGACGGUGCCGCCUCAGCCGCCUGCUGCCCCGUGCCUGCCGUGUGCCCCGUGGGUCCCCGCGGGGUCACCCGCCCGCCGCCCGCCCUGCCCACCGCGGCCCCCGAGGGACGCGCCCCAGCCAGGGCUGCUGAGGGGCGGCCACGGGCAGGGCAGGGCUGUGCACAGGGGGG